GAUUACGUGAACCGCAUUGACAGGCGAUCCUAAGGUAGUAGGUACCAACCCCGCCCGCCAACCUACAACGCGAUAAAGGUAGUGUUGAUUAGAGAAGGAUCAUGAUCGGCCAUCAUGUCAUCAUCAAAUAGAUCCCGCGUAGCCAAACGCAUGCACCAGGCCUGUGAGAAUUGCAGGAGGAAGAAGACGCGGUGUCCAGGGGAACGACCAUCUUGCUCAACCUGCACAAGACUGUAUCAAGUUUGCAAUUAUGCAGGCACCAGCGCUCAAUCUGACCAGCGGCAACCGUUGGGUGGCCAGCUAGACAUGGAAGGGCGGCUGGCACAGCUGGAGGAAAAGAUGCAGCUCAUGUUAGAGAGAGCAAUCCCACAGCCUUCGGUUCGAGGUAGAACACCUCAAUCAAACACAAGGAGAUCGUUCAGUCAUCAGACAACACCGGAAUCACCGGCGCACCAAAUGCCUGGAACUGCGGCAUCAUCAAAUUCCGAUUCGUUACCCCCUAGAGACGUUGUCUUUGACGUGGUGCAACAAUACUUUACAUACUGUCAUCGACAACCGCUAUGGCUCUUCGACGAUAAUGAUAUCCCAUCUCUUGUCAACUGCACCGAAGAGCUUAUAUUUUCGUUACUGGCACUUGCGGCUCGAUACUCAAGUCAUGCAUACUUUGAUGGACAGUCUCAGGUAUUCGCUCAUAAAUACGGCGAGAUCGCGAGAGGCCUUAUCAUGUUCAGGAUUGCCCAGGGUACAGUCAAACUUACAACCAUCCAGAGCCUCUGUCUGCUUGCUCUAGCUAAUUUUGUUGCGUUGGACACGCAUCUGGCGUGGCUUCAUAUCGACCUCGUUAACUCUCUGAUUCGAAACUCGAAUAUGGACAUCGAGACAAAUCAAGAAGAUGCUCAAUCCAUACUCGAAUCUAAGAGACGAGUGUACUACAGCAUCCACCUGUUGAACCAACUCUACUCACGAAGGUCUAUGGCCUUGAAUAUGUUGGAGGACAUAAACAAACCGAAGUACGUUGGAUCGAAACAAGAUCCGUUCUACGAAUCCAGUAAACCUCCGCCCUUGACACCCAGAGAGACAUUAGGUGAACACGAAUCUCAACGGGGAGGGAUAUGGACAUAUAUGGUUCAGCAGUCAUCAUUAUGGAAGGAGGUACGGGAUUACGUCGCACGCUGUGCUGAUGGCAACUUGAAGCCCCCUUGGUCGCCAGAUUCAGGCUAUGCCGUUAUUGGAGCUCAUCUAAUGGACCUUGAGACGAAUUUUCCGACACAUUAUCGAUACGACGCGGCUCGCUUCUCUGAGCGUUCUCGAGAUGAACUCCAUCGCAACCGGGAAUUCUGGAGUCCGUGGCUGUACUUGCAAUUCGCAUAUCAUGCCAUUCAUAGCGUCCUAAACCAUCCCUUCUUAUAUUCGGCACGCCCGCAUCAAUCUAUCCAGCUUGCAGUACCCAAUACCUUCUGGAAGACGUCUUCAGAGCUGGCCCUGCUUCAUUCGACGUGGAUUGUCCGAUUGAUUGAAAUGGUAACUGAAAAGGAAUACCCAGUGUCCGAUCCAUUCAUUGCACAUACUGCUGCGGUUUCGGCAACUAUACACCUUUAUUACUGUCGUGCAGCCGAUAGCCGUGUCCGGACCUCGGCACAGACAAAGUUAUCAAAGUGCAUGACAUUUAUAAGCGACUUGGGCAUUGUCUGGCCACUCUGCCAUUCGAUGUAUGAACGCUUAGACACCCUUAUUCAAUCAGCGUUAGGUUCCGGCGGGCAGUCUGCAGCACACGAUGCUAGCUGUAGGACUGUGUCGAUCAAGACAGCAUUGAUGUGGGAUAUUCUUGAUUAUACAUGCCCUCAUAGAGGCUCUCACAGACCUGGCAGGGGCCUUUUCGAUCCAUCACUUGUACAAGACCAGAAUAACGAAUCUGACGAUGAACAAACAGUCGAGACACAGAUAUUCCAUCGACCUACAGCCGAGGCUGACACUUCCAAUGGAGGACAAGAGCUGCCCCCUUAUUCUGAUCGCGCCAUGUCCCGAAACCGUGCUCGGGCAAAUCACACAAGCAGUAACCCAGAAAACACGGAAGAGAGACUAUCUAGACAGCCGUCAGUAGCCCAACAUCCGUCACAGCUUCAUCAGUCGGAUAUUGCAAGCUGGCAAGGACCAGCAUUCUUGGGGAAUGUCUCGAUCAUGGAUAUCACACAUGACCCUUUCUUUCCACUACAGGAUCACUCUAGUUCGUAUCUAGGAUUUUGGGACUCAGGAAAUUUAUAGUCCCAGGCAGAUAGAAUAUAUGCACCAAUAACCAUCCAUAUUACGAAUUUUCAUGAAGACUUCCACAAGGUCACCAGUGCACCAUCCUUCCCUAACACAGGAUCAUGGUUCGGUAUGGGGACCGAAGAUAUUUCAUUUCGAAGACCCUCUACAUCGAGUGGAUCCUUUCCAAGCUCAUUGCGCCAACGCGGGCACUCCUGCGAUGGUCAAUCAG